CCGAUAAAUAUCCUUCAGACUGAACGAAAAAAAAUUACACAAUUUCAGCAACCCACCAUAAAGCUAGAGUAAGCUAAUCAAAAGGAAAGAUUAUUGCUCUGUUGAGAACAAACAGAAGGGCUGAGUGAAGAGAGCGACCUGAGAAGAGGGCGGAAUCCAAGGUGGGUUUGGACGCGGAACCCAUGAAAACGGAGGAAGAUCAGCAUUAAAUCUGUUCCAUUGUUCCAUGAAAGCUCUUGCAGCUAUGCAAAAUUCAUCCCAAGAAAGGGUGCCAUCCCAACUAGAUUUUGUAUCUAUUCUACCAUGAUUUGAUGGAUUCGUCAUAUUCAUACUAAACCCAAUUCCCAAAUAGCAACAAAGAUUUCACUGAUGAGAAGAAGGGAAGGAAGAGCAGCCGAUUCAGUGAAUAAAUUUGCAGCGCUGCAAUUUCGUUAAUUUACUGAAGGCUCUUAUUUGCAGAAUUUAAGGUAAUUGAUCCCAACGACGCCGUUUUUUCCUUUUAUUGACCCAUUAAAAGCAACUUUGAGCCAUAUCAACUUCUUGGCUGCUUGCUUUUACUUCUUUCCCAUGGAGUCUUUAUCCAUUGGAGGACUAGGAAUCUCAGCAGCUUCUCCACCAUGGCGAAAGCAAAAGUAUCCCAGAACUCGAAAUUCAUCUUUCAAAUCCAUUUUCUGCAUUCCCAAUUCAUCCUCUACUUGUGAGGCCAGCCAUUUUCUGCAUAGUAAUAGUAUUUCUUCUACCCCCAGGCAGCUACAUGAAACGCCCCAAAGUGAAAUUCCUGUUUGUCAAUCAAGCAAUUUAGACGGUGGUCAUUCGUUUUUGCAUUUGAAUGAGAUUUUUGUGGCAUCCCAUGUUUCUUUUUUCUCUAUGGGAUUCUUUUUUCCACUUCCUUGUUUUGCUUUGGAAGGUAGCAGUUUACCAACAGAAGAAGUGUCUAACAAGAUAAACUUGGAAGCUAUUGUGGUUUCCAUUGAUGAUUUCUUCAAUAAAUAUCCAUUCUUUGUAGCGGGAGUGACCUUCAUUUGGCUUUUUGUAAUUCCAUUAGUAAAAGGGUACCUCCGGAAGUAUAAGUUCAUCUCUGCCAUUGAUGCUUUUAGGAAACUCCGGGAUGAUCCCACUUGUCAGUUGUUAGAUAUUAGAGAUAAGAAGAGCUUAGAUUUCCUAAAUUCGCCUAAUUUGAAGAUUUUGGAUAAGAACGCCCUACAGGUGGAAUUUCGUGAAGGCGAUGAGGAAAGCUUUGCAAAGCAAGUUAUGGGAUCCUUUAAGGAGCCAGGAAGCACGAGUUUGUGCAUUUUAGACAAUUUUGAUGGAAACUCCUUGAGAGUGGCAGAGUUGUUAGUCGAAAAAGGGUUCAAGGAGGCCUAUGCAAUCAAAGGUGGAAUUAGGGGCAAGAAAGGAUGGCAGGAGAUACAAGAAACACUGCUUCCUCCAUCCACACACAUCUACCCAAAGAAGAAGGUUAGAGAGUCAAAAGAACCAAGAGGGACAGACAAACCGAAAGCCAGUAGUGAUCCUCUGUCAGCUGAAACCAAUAUUCCUGACAGCCGAAGUGAAGAGACAAACAAUGGCUCUAUAAAGAAUUUGAGCGAAGUGAAGUCAGGAACAAAGUGUGUCCCUAGAUCAUCAUCUCCGUAUCCCAAUGUAAGAUCUCUUUCAGACGCAAUCAUUGUGUUCUUGUCUUCACGCAUCUCUGUUUAUCCAUCUGAUAAUCUGGUGGCUGUAGAUAUGCCAAUAUAAAAAACAGAGUCAAUAAGUGAGUUUGUAUCACUUCUCUUUCCAUUUCUUUUCAAUAUGGUGGGUUUGUUUCUUGUGUUCCCAGGAGAGGGUGAUAAUUUGAGGAUUACAGCAUAUUAGCGUAAAUGUAGGAUACGAUAAUCAUUCUGGGGAAAGAUUGUAGAAGAUGAUUAUCUUAUGAUGCUUAACCUAGGGAACUAAGGUGUUGUAGAAUAGGUCUGUUCAUUUGAAGUUUUUUGGCUUAUCCACCAACUUGGGGGUUAGUUUCUGGUUCACCUAUUUUGUGGAAAGGCAAGAUGGGAGGUUUAUAUCUGUGUGUUCAGGAGAACUUCCUCUUUUUAUACUUUUGUUCUCAGUUUCCAUUUAAGACUGGUGAAGUAGGGUUAAUACUUGACUCCAGAAGUAUAAGAAGUGAGAGUAUGAAUGUAGUGGUCGUUCCUCUCCAUUCAUCUUUCCGACUGAAGGAGAAGGUUCCAUUGUACCAAAUAGAAACCUUUGGGAUGCUUUCUAUUCAGUCUGUUGUUCCUAUUUGUUACUAUGCCGUCUUCUUCAGUUGCCCCUUCUCUGAUUAACUGUCUGUCUCACACACUUCUGUUGCAAGAUUUUUAUCUUAUAUAAAGUGACUCUUUUUUCGAAAAAUUUAUGUAUAUAAAGUGAAUAACAAACAGUAUGAGUAAUGCAGUAUCCAGAUCUGAAACCGCCAUCAUCCCCAACUCCAUCGAAGCCGCAAUGAUGAUGCGGGAUUUGAGUUAGAGUGACCAGCUCAGUGCUUUGAGAGCACACAAAGAUGACCAAAGUAUCAAACGCUCUAUAAAGAAGUGCUGAUAGAAGAAAGGCAUCAAUGCUUUCAUGCUUCCUCAACAAUCGGUCCCAGUCGAAGGAGCAGAUGUGUCAUUGUGAACCCAAAAUUUUAACAGUAACAGACAGCUAACCAUUUGCAUUAUGUAUAUAAUCAUCGUUUGAGGACAACUAAAAUCCUGUAACAAGUGAGCAAAUAAAUGAAAACUGUGUUCAACGUUUAUUUGCAACAAACUAUUAACAGUUGGAAAGAUGAUUUUCAUUUGAGUAUUUUCA